GAAAUAACAACAGCAAUACACUAGCUUAUAGAUGUGUAUGAUACAAUAGUAAGGAUUGUGUUUAGUCUCAAGGGGAAACUUAUUAUAAAGUGUGAUUGUCACUUCAAAGACAACCCGCUUUUGAGGAUACUUCAGUUUCAGUAUAUAUAGCAUUGUCAACAUCCUAAUACAGCACAGUCUUCUGGAGUAACAAUGGAGCUCUCCUUUCUCUUGAUUUUACUAACAUUUCUUCCUGUCUCUCAGCUUGCAAGAAGCCCCAUUGUCAUUGGUAUGUGCAUUAGAAUGGUCACACUGAAAUGUUUAAUUUUUUUAGUUCCUGGCCUGCUUGGUAGCAAAUUUGAAGCAAAGCUCAACAAACCUGAUAGUAAAGCACCCUGUAUGAAGACCAGUGAUUGGUAUACACUCUGGGUUAACAUAACAACGAUUUUUCCAGAUCAUGAUAAAUGCCUGGUAGACAAUCUCAAGUUAAUGUAUGAUGAAGACAAUUGGUAUUAUAAUACUGAAGGAAUCGAGAUAAGAGUGCCUGGCUUUGGUGAAACUGAUACUAUUGAAGAACUUGGAGUUGAUGUACCCUAUUUUCAUAAUUUUGUGGAGCACUUUGUUAAACUGGGCUACACUAGAGGCAAAGAUAUAAAUGGAGCUCCUUUUGAUUGGCGUCUAGCACCAGAUGGGCUGAAAAGAAUCAGAUAUUACGAAGCUUUGCAUCAGCUAAUAGAGGACUCUUACAAUAGGAAUGGACAGACUCCUGUCACUCUUGUUGCUCACAGUUUAGGCGGACCUGUUUCUCUUUACUUUCUAAGCAAGUACGUGUCCUCAGACUGGAAAGCGUCCCGAAUAAAACAAUUUGUUUCGCUCUCGGGAGUUUUUGGAGGCACUUUAAAAAUAAUUUUAGAAUUAAUUUCAGGAGACGAGCAGAACAUCAUUCGUGCAAGGCCAUUGGUGCUAAGAGAGGCUUUGAGAAGCUUUCCAAGUUCAGUAUUUCUAUUGCCCUCACCAGCGUUAUGGGGAGAAGAUGAAGCAAUAGUAGUGCAGCCUAAAAGAAACUACACGUCACGCGAUUAUGAGGAAUUGUUCACUGAUAUCAGUUAUACCAAUGGAUCACGUAUAUACAAUGAAGUGAAGGACCUCAUUUCUGAUUUCCCUCCUCCUAACGUGACCCAUUAUUGCUACUAUGGUAGCGAUGUCCAUACUCAUGCCAACCUUUAUUACAACAGCUCUUUUCCUGAUUCUCAGCCAGUUCAUAUUAUGCCUGAUAAUGGAGAUGGGACGGUGAAUGAGCGCUCGCUUCAGUCUUGUCGCUUGUGGAGAGAUAAACAGGUUUUUCCGGUAAUAGAGAAAUCAUUUGUUGGAGUUUCACAUCGGAAUAUGGUUUUGAAUAAAGAAGUGCUUGCUGCUAUUGAGAAGUUGGUUUUGUCUUAAUUGAGAUUGCUAAAAAACUUACAACUUAAUUAAUAACUGUAAUUAGAUAUGUACCUAUAUAGUCUAUAGAGUGUGCCAUUUACUUCUUUGAGUGCUUUUU